AUGGCAGAAGACACAAUGGUUUAUACUAUUACGACUAAAAACCCUGAGUCAUAUAAUUCUAUAACAACAAACUUACAAAGUCCUCAAGGACGAUAUUGUAAACUAACCUUAAACACAAUGACGACUAAAGCUUGUUUUGCUCUUUUGACACCAGAAGAUUUUAUUGUUGUGAAUGGUAAAAAAUACUCCUUUGAAGAUACUUACUCAGAUAUACCACCAACAGGUUUUGUUGACUUAUUUAAUACUUUAAGUACGGGUGUAACAUGUGCUGCAACUAGAGCAGGUUUCAUUAUGUUUGGAUGUCCGACUGAGUUUACUAUAAACAAUAUGAGCUAUAAUACAAAACUUAUAUCUGGUUUUUACUACCAACAGUUUCCUAUAACAGGAAAAGGUGUCAUACAAGGAAUGUCUGUUCCAUUGACUUUAAGUACACCUAU